AUGGACACGAGCGCAGAUCAAGAAGGAGGAAGAGGCCUCGAAGAGGCUGCAGCGGCGCAGGCGCCCGCGAAGAAGAAGAGCAGCAAGCGGCGCGGGCUGAGGAACGAGCUGGGCCAGCUCAACAAGGAGAAGCAGAAGUGGAACACGAGGGCCGAGUGGCGCGACAGCAAGUUCGUGCUCGGCGCCGGCAGCAGCAAGAAGAGCGCACCACGCACCACGAAAGAGGAACAAGACGAGGUCAACGACGUCGAGAAGGAAGAGGAAGAGAAAGAGAAGGAAGAGGAGGAGGAAGAAGAGACGAGCAAGGCGAAGCCGAAGAAGACGGUAAGCAAGGCGACGAAGAAGACGACGACGAGCAGCAAGCGUCAAGCGAAAGAGCCCAAAAAGGUGAAGGAGGAGGAAGAUGAGUUGAUUGACGUGGAAGACUGCGAGGAGGCGGGCGCCGGCGCCAAGGAGGAGUCCGGAGGAGACGAGCCGGUUCUCCCCGCGGUCAGGAAGCGCGUGGUUGCGCGAAGAAAGAACGAAAAGAUGAAGAAGAGCGAAAGCGAAGACGAAGACCAAGACGAAGACCGGAAGACGACAACGACGGCGGGAGAUCAACGCGGCGGCGGCGGCGGUGGUGGUGGUGACGAGAUGGACGUCGAGGCCGCCGCCGCACCCAGCCUGACGAUGAUGGAGCCGCCCGAGACGCCGCGCCGCCGUGUGGCCAGACGCAAGGGCAAGCCGGUCGCCGUAGCCCGGCGAGACGACGAAAAAGCCCAUGAUGAUGACGUCGCACCGCGGCGCGGGCCGUACGCAAACGAAGGCGCAGACGAUCGUGACAGCGAGCCGCAGGCCAAAAAGCGAAAGCGAGAGGUCGACGACGACGAUGAAGAAGAAGAAGAAGAAGAAGAGCGGAGAGGAGGUCGUGAGGUGAAGAUGGAGAAGGAGGAGGAGGAGCCGGUGGUCCACAUGCCGACGCCCAGACCCGCCGCGAAGGUGAAGCGUCGCAGGAUGCGAGGCGAGGUGGCUCUGCUGACCGCCGAUGCGCUCAAGCAGAACACCCGCUACGACCGCCGCACCGCGCCCGCCGUCAAGCGACUGGCCUUCGGCUCCAAGGAAAGCGAAAGCGAAGGCGAAGACGAGGUAAAGAACGAAGACGAAGACGACGACGGGGAGGAGCUGCAGAAGCAACAGAAGAAAGGUAGCACGAAGAUGAAGAAGCCGCCUGCCACGAAGAAGACUAGUACGGCGACAAAGAAGAAGCAAAUGAAGGUGAAAGAGGAGAAAAACGACAACGAUGAAAGCGAAGAAGCGAACGGUGGCGAUGAAGAAGAAGAGCGAAAGAAAAAGAAAAAGACGAAGAAGCGGAGUUCGCUGACGAGGGGUUGCGAGGAGGGCCUGCGCUUCGUGGAGCGGCCCAUACCCCGGAGUCCCGUCCUGGGCCGUCGUGGCCACGACCUCAGCCCGCGCUCCCGCCGACCGCCCAGCCCGUUCCUCCCGUCGCCGCCCGCCUCGCCCAUCGACCAGAGAAGCCCGCGCGCGGCCGCCAAGGCCAAAGCCAAGGCCGCCAAGUCCAGGGCUCCGGCCAGAGGCAAGAAGCGAUCACGAGACGAAAGCGAAAGCGAAAGCGAAGACGAAAGCGAAAGCGAUGGCCAAGAAGAGAAAGACAAGAAGAAGAAGAAAAAGAAGGAGAAGAAGAGCAAGAAGAAGCCGAACAAGCGACCACGAACGAUAAAGAAAGAAAAAGAGGAGGAAGACGAACACGAUGAGGAAGAAGAAGAGGAGGAAGAGGAGGAAGAGGAGGAACGGCCGAAGAGUCGGAGAGCACCGAAGGGACGACGGCAGCGGGGCGCCAAGGUGGUGGUGAAAAGAGAGAAGAACGAAGACAGCGACGAAGAGGAAGAGGUGCGGGUGGUGGACGACGACUUUGACGAGGUGCGGAGCGGGGACGAGGGCGGCGGCUACGAACUGGCGCGCGUCCUCAGGUGCCACUCGACCAACGAAAACGACCGGCGCGAUGACGGCCCCAGCGUGUACUCCGCCGCCUUCCACCCGCAGCACAAUCACAUCGUGGCUACGGCGGGAGGAGACAGCGUGUGCGUGUAUGACUGUCGCGACAAGAAACUGCUCAAGAAGUACAAGCACCCGCCGCAGGCCGGCGAGGAAACGUUCUACUCGCUGGCGUGGACGAUGCUGCCGCACCGGUCGCGACGCGGAGACUUCAGCAUGCCCGUCAUCGCUGCCGGAGGCAAGCAAGGGGACAUCAAGUUGAUCGACGUGGACUCGGCGCAGCUGUUUGCCGUUCUCCAGGUGCCAGCCGUACCCGGCAUGCCCGCCGGUCCACUACGGGAGGUGCAGCACAUCGCGUUCUCGCCCGUCCAUCCCUGGCUCAUGUUCACCGGACACGCCAGCGGCAGCAUCCUCGUGUGGAGCAUCUCCGCGCCCAAGCAGGGCGCCCAAUCUCGGUGUGUGGCUCAUCUGGUCGGGCACACGAAGCACGUGUAUGAUCUGAGCGUGUCGCCGAAUGGCGAGCAGGUGGUCUCGGGCAGCGGCGACGAGACCAUUCGCCGAUGGAAGCUCCCCGCCGGCUUCGACGCCAAAGCGACCCUCGCUGGCGAGCAGAUCGUGUUGAAGCCGCAAUCGACGUGGCAAAACCUGUUCGAGGUCGAGCACGAAGUCGACACAGCCCAGUUCGUGACGGACAAUACCGUGGUGUGCAAGAACGCGGGGAGUGGCAGCGUCCUGCUGCUCGACAUUGAGGCCAAUCCCCCACGGGUACUGGCGCGGCUGGGGUGGACCCUGAAGGACGCCGAUCCCGAGGACAACCUCGCCAUCUUCAUCAAGGGCAACGUCACCCGCCCUGCCGCUGGAGAGGACCAGCUGCUGGUGUUGGGCACGGGCGAUGGGCGGGUCAACGUGUACAACCUCACCUCCGCCCUGCGUAGCCAGGCCGCCGCCGGCGAGGUCGACGUCAUGUCCACCGGCAAGCUCCACUCGCGCGAACUGGGAUUGUACGCGGAGCGUAGCAAGGGCGUGGGCAAGGCGAUCUACUGCGUGGCGCGGAGUAGCGACGGCCAGUACCUGGUGGCCAGCGGGUGCGACAACCUCGUCUACAUCUGGCAACGACAACCAUGA